GUCAAAAUAAAGAAUUAUAUGACAGUGACUGUUUUCUUGGAUAAAAUUUUCUUGUAGAUGUCACAAAAAUAUAUAUAUUCUUUUUAUAAAUGUUGGCAACCGUCUUUAGAAAAUCAACAGACCAAAGAACGUUGAGAAAACUUAAUGAGAGUGUUUAAUAACAAAGACGGUUUAAUUAAUUUAAUUGAGCAUGUUAAUAACGGAGGACGAACUCUAUUCAUGAUAUCAGCUUGUGGGUUAUUGAUGCUAUAUUCUUCUGUUUUAAAAACUUUAUGAAUUUAGUUGAUUAAAUACAUUUACAGAAGUGGCGUGUGGUGACUAUUAUGUCUUUAUUUUUACUAUACAAAGCCAAAUAUAAACAUUGAUACGAUAUAACUUGACGGAAAAUAAAGCUUUACAAAUGACGGAUAUUGCAUUAACGAAAAACAUUUUCAUUGUUGUUAUUUUACAGAUCAUUUUACCGGAUGUAAUACAAACUAAACUGGAAUUUGUCAGACAUAAAGACUACUUGUACCGUGAUGGAAAAACACAAGUUUUUGAUUGUAGCGUGACUAUUCCAGCUAACAAGACUUUUACAUGGGUAAAAGAUGGCAAACGAAUAUCGGAAAGCGAUGCAUUUUUUCGUCACAACAAACAAAUAAUGGAAAUUCGGGACCUCUCACCGCGACAUUCUGGUUUCUAUAAAUGUGUAGUUCGAAAACGAUCAAACAAAUUAUUGGAGCGUAAAUUUAUAAUACCUCCUUCGACAGGUCCUAUCAUCCAGCAUGAAAAUACAAUAAUUAAUGUUACUGCCGGAAGUACCGUCAAAUUUAAAUGUGUGACUGGUCAGUAUCAUAUAAUUUCAUACAAUUGGUAUUUUAAUGGUAAAAAAAUCCAGAGAGACCCGAAUCACCAUAAAGUCAAGACAUACAAAUUCCUUCGUCUUAAUAAAGCUGCUGUGAGUGACACUGGGCAGUAUACGUGCUCAGUACAGAAUGCAAUUGAUACCAGCGAAGUCACAUAUCACUUAAAAGUAAAUCCAAAGGCAAAGACCAUAGCAGAUCUUGCACCUCAACUUAUCAAUAACGAUAGCUUGGUAAUGCAAGUUGUCGAAGAAAAAGUCAAAUUGGAUUGUCUUGCAACAGGUGAAGAACCAAUGAAUAUCACCUGGUUCAAAAAUGAAAAUCUUAUUGGGAGCAAAGAAGCAAUGCGCAAAGCGGGUUCGGAAUACAUUUUCGAGAACAACAAUCACACAAUACUUCUUCAGAACAUUAUGCUAACGGACAAAGGUGUCUUUAAAUGUCUUGUACAAAACAAAUAUGGCAGUUUUGUACAUAAUAUUAACCUAGUUCCAGAAGAGAGUUCGGCAAUUCUACCAAUCUUCCCAGACACACAGCUAAAGAUAUUUUAUGUUGCACCUGGGCGGAAACUAAUAGUUAACGUAACACUUGUUGCAUUUGGAAAUACGCAUUUUCAACUCUAUCGCUACUACAACAAAACAAUUAACAGCACUCAUUCUAUUCUUGACAAAACUGACAUUAACAAUGCAAAAAUGUCCUACACACAUACAAAUGAGCAUAGCGGAAAAGCUGCUGAAAGGUUGAAAAUCCGUUACGAGUUCACCAAUGUCAGUGCGAGUGAUUAUGGUUCGUAUUUUGUAAGAGCUGGAAAUUCACACGGGUAUGCUGCAAGGGAUUUUCAGUUCACAAUUCUCAAAGGAAGUGAUAAAGGGCCUCGUCCGAAUGUGAUUGCCUUAGAAUCAGAUGAACCAUGGUCAAAAUCAAAUGUUUUUGUUGCUUUGGUUUCUGUUGGGUGUGUCCUUCUAAUUGUGGUGAUUGUGAUUGGUUUGAUUUAUUACAACCAUUCAAAAGAAAUCAAAGACAACAACAACACAACUUUGCUGAAUAUGGAGGAAAUAAAUAUUGUAUUAAACAUUGACAAAGCAAGUGAAGUUACAUCCUUUCCGUCUAAUCGAAGGUUAAAGUUCAGUACUGGCCGUUUAUCAUCGUGUCAAACAGAAAAAGAGUACCUUUAUCAAGGCAUUCCAGAAGAUCCUGAGUUUGAGGUGGAUCUUGAUGCGAUUGAGUUUAAAUGCGUGCUUGGUGAAGGAGCAUUUGGAAGAGUUAUGUUGGCUAAUGUUUAUGGGUUGCUCGAUCUGCAAUCACCAACCACUGUUGCGGUUAAAAUGCUAAAAUACGAUGCAACAGAGCAAGAAUUAAAAGACCUUUUGUCAGAAAUACAAGUGAUGAAAUCGAUGGGCCGACAUGAAAACAUCGUUACAAUACUUGGAGUUUCUUCGCAAAAAGGCGAACUGUGUAUGAUCAUGGAAUACUGUUGUUUCGGCAAUUUGCGGACGUUUUUAAAGCAACGCCGCCCGACACGGCCGCCGAUGCCUCCUCCUGUCGAAGUAUUAACUCGAAGCAAUCUUAUAUCAUAUUGUUUGCAAGUUGCAAAAGGCAUGGACUAUCUUGCGUCUAAAAAGUGUAUACAUCGCGAUAUUGCUGCGCGAAACGUUCUUGUUGCUGAUAAUUAUGUUGUCAAAAUUGCUGACUUUGGAUUGGCACGUGAUAUUCAGGAAACUGAUUACUACAGAAAAUGCACAGAUGGUCGACUACCAGUGAAAUGGAUGGCAAUGGAGGCUUUGUUUGAUCGAGUAUAUACAACACAAAGCGAUAUAUGGUCAUAUGGUAUAUUAACAUGGGAAAUUGUCACAUUUGGUGGAUCGCCAUACCCUGGUGUGCCUAUCGAAAGAUUGUUUGAGCUACUCAAGAAAGGAUAUCGCAUGGAACAACCAGUUAAUUGUUCAGAUAAAAUGUAUGGCCUGAUGUUGAAUUGCUGGAAAGAGCUUCCAUCACAACGACCAACAUUCUGUGAAAUAAUAACCGAACUUGAGAGGAUGCUGCUAGACAUUACAGAAAGCAAAGACGAUAACAUUUUACAACCACCUCUUACUAGUGGCAGUGGCGCCGAUUCCUUCUCUUUGCCACAACACUCAGCACAUUCCAACACAAGUGUGUUUGGCGAAUUUAACGACGAGGUUGUUUUUGUAAAUGACAGCGAAAACUCAUUUCAAAAAGAAUAUGACACGCAGCUAUGACAUGUCAUUUAAAAUAUGGCAUACCAAGCAGUGGAAUCUCUUUUGUCUAUUGUAGAUCAACUGCUAUCACAAUGUACUUACAAAGAAGACAAUAUUAUGCCUAAUUUUGAACACAGGUCAGGUCCUUGCAAGCUCUGAUGAAAACUAUUUUUAGGGCUUUGUGCAAAACUUUGUUCAAAUAAAAACGAUAUCUGAAUAGGUUAAUGUAGAUAUUUAAGUUUUUUUAGUUUUUUUAAUUAAAAUUUUAUACGAUGGAAGUUUUAUAUUAUAAACGAUCGGAUACACUUGUAUAAUAUCACUGAAAUAUACCUUAUAAUAUUAAUAUAAUGUCUUAAAAUAUGUUUAAAAUAUGGUUAUAAUUUCUUAUAAUUUCUUAUAAUAUAGCUAUAAUAUGCAUAAUUUCAACAUCUAGCAUGUGCGUCAUAACCUCAUAAUUUGCUGCAUGGCUACAAUAUUUGAAUAAAAUCAAACGAGUUUGAUUUUAAUAAUAUUGUUGGUAUUGUUUGGUAGCCUUGUUAUGGCAAUGAUUAUAUGAAAUUAUAACGAUAUUAUAACAAAUUAUAAGUAUAUUGUACAAAAACUAUAACUGUAUUAUAGAAUAUAUUUAAUGAUAUUAUACAAGUGUAUCCUGGCCUUAAUUCUUUAAACUUUAUUUUAAAGGAUACAAUUCACCGCCCCAAUGUCGAAUUUAAUAUUGUGAAACCUUUUUUGGUGUUGGAAUGUGUAGCAAGUUUUAAAUAAACAUUUUUCUACGAUUUGUACAUCAUAAUAAGAGAAAUUAUUUAUAGCGAGAAGAAUUAAAGAAUUCCGUACAAAA